CCAAUACUGCCCAUCGCAGCUCCCGCUCCCAGCCCAUUCAAAGCCCCCGCCAACCCCUCCAUACCUCAAGACCUAGCAGUCAUCGCCGAGCUCGUCAAUACCUAUCAGGCCGUCGGCUCUCUACCUCCCCUGACUAUCUCUGCGGCAGAGAAGCGGAAACAAGUCGAGGCGAGUAUACGGGCAAGGAUGGAGGCGCUGAAGAACGGCAAGGGCAAGGAGAAGGUGGUGGAGCCGAGCACCAGUGAUGAGGGAGCGCAAGCCGUCUCAGGAGAGGAAGAGGCGGCUGCGGGAUCGCUGUCAGGUGGUCAGGCGGGAUCAGAGCAACCAAUGUCGCUGGAAGACGCGACCGCCCUCCGGUCCGAGCUGGAUAAGUUUGUCGGUGAAGAAGCGGAAGGAGGCAACCCCGAAUUCGUCUUUUCAGACUCGCCCGCCCCUUCACCUCGGAAACGGCCCAUGACCUUCGAGACUAUCGAUGACGAUGAGGAGCCUACCUCGUCUGAUCCUAUCGUAUCGGCUCAUGAGGCGCCAUUACCGCCUGUGCCGCAGCCGCCUUUCGCGCGUCUACCGGCGGGCGAGACGCUCAGCCUGGCGGGCGAGGUGGUCAGCUGGAUGAGGGAGCGGAAGGUUGAGGCGUGGUGGGAUGCACAGGAGGUCAAGGCGGAGUCGAGCAGGAUGGCUGCGGAAGCGGCGGCGGCGUUGGCAGUCUCGACGGAGAAGGACCUGGAGGCGGCGGUGGACGCGGAGAUGGAGGAGGGUGAGGUGGAAGAGCCAGUGGCAGCCGGAUCUUCAUCCGCUCCCGAAGCAGUCGCUCCGCCUAAGGCUGUCAAUGAUGUACCUAGGUUCUCAUCUUCCGGUACGAUAGUCAUCCGGGCGAUGCAAGAACGGCCGGGUCAAGAAGGGUGGCUCGAGGAAGGCUCGGUGGUUUGUCAUUCUGACGGACGCGUGCUCGGCUUUGUCUCGGACACCUUCGGCCCCCUCACUGCCCCGUUCUACUCUGUCCGCCUUCCCCCUCCACCCUUUCCCCUCCCCUCCAACUCCUCGCUCACCCCCCUCACACGCCUGUCAUACCCGACCAACCCCCAAUACCGGUCUUUCGUCAAUAUGCUCGCUGUCCAAGAUCCCCGAUUCAAGGGCUCCGACGCGAGUAAUAUCCAUGAUGAGGAAGUAGGGGAGGACGAGGCCGAAUGGUCCGAUGAUGAGAUGGAGGCGGAGGCGAAGAAGCGGCGGAAGAAUAAGAGGAGCGAAAGUCGGGUGAGCAUGGGUAUGGAGGAGAGGGAUAAUGGGCGGGGCGGAUGGGCUGUUGGGCACGGGGGGACUGGUUGGGGCGGAGGUGUCAGCCACCAACUCCCGGUCAGACCGCAUUUCGAUUAUGUGCCAGAGGACGCGAGUGACGCCGCGAGCUUUUACGGCGGUGAAGAGGAUGAAGGGGAUGAUGGGAUGAUUUCGGAGGCUGGGUCGAGUGCGAGUCGACGGCCCGCGCCGAUGCCGUAUGAUCUGGACGAGAUGGGCGAGACGGGGCCUCGAGGCGGUAGAGGGCGAGGGGGAGGAAGAGGUGGGCGAGGUGGAGGUGGUGGCGGACGCGGUAGGGGACGAGGUGGGAACGCCGGACCCUCCGGCGCCAAUCCCGCUCGACCAGCGUUCGGUCUACCUCAGCGCCCGCAGUUCGAGCCUCAGUUCGCCGAUGCCCCGCCUAUCCAAAUGGGCUUCGACUCGACGGGCAACAUCGGGCUUCCCCUGCCCCACGCAUCUCUCCCCGCACCGCAUACCUCGGCAUCUCCCUCCCAGCCGGGCUUCUAUGCCGCCCAGCAAUCGGCCGGACCGUCCACCUCCCAGGCAGGUCCGUUUGGGAUCCAGCAUGUCGACCAGUAUCGUCCCAAGCAGGCCCAGGGGCUCCAAUACCCUCAACAUCCUUACCACCCAGCUGUCGGGUCCGCACCGGACAUGGGCGGAGGUAAUGGCGGAGGCGGAGGCGGACCGGCGAUCAACCCGAGAUUUGCGGCGCAGUAUCAGCAGAUGCAGCUCAUGAGCCAUUUGGCGGCUUGGCAGGGACAGGCGCAGGCGCAGGGGCAGGGAGAAGGUGGACAAGGAGGUCAAGGAGGUGGACAGGGAGGGUAUGGUGGAGGCGGUUACUCGGAGUAA